UGGAGGAGUAACUCUAAAUUAAAAAAACAAAAGCCCAAUCGAAGCGACAGCAAAGCCCCGAAGCCGCGACGAAGCAGGCAAGUUGAAACCUGCUGCCGCUCGCGUAGGUUGGCGUUCACCACUUCGCCGGAAUCGACCAGAUAGCCCUGCAAUUCUUCGCUUCGCAUACCGAAGUGCCCUACCGCCCUGUGCUGCUGCUGCCUCCGCCCCUGCCUGCUCGCUGAGUCUCUGAUCUUCCUAUUUUCAGGUAUUGGUUAUAGGGCUUGUUAUCGCUGAUCGAUCUUUGAAAGUUGAAACCACACUCUGUUGAUCUUAAAGCUUCAGCAAAGGGCAUUAGAGAAAAGAGAUCAUGUGUUAUGCACAGCUAGUCAUUGGCCCUGCUGGCAGUGGAAAGUCAACUUAUUGCUCAAGCUUGCAUCAACAUUGUGAAGCCACACGGCGAACAGUUCAUAUAGUGAACUUAGAUCCUGCUGCAGAGAAUUUUGACUAUCCAGUUGCUGUAGACAUCAGGGAGUUGAUUUCAUUGGAUGAUGUUAUGGAGGAAUUGGGUCUAGGCCCCAAUGGUGGUCUUCUUUAUUGCAUGGAACACCUAGAAGAAAAUUUGGAUGAGUGGCUAACUGAAGAGUUGGAAAAUUAUUUGGAUGAUGACUACCUAGUUUUUGACUGCCCUGGACAAAUUGAACUGUUCUCACAUGUUCCUGUGCUAAAGAAUUUUGUGGAAUAUUUGAAGAGUAAAAAUUUCAAUAUCUGUGUAGUUUAUUUACUUGAUUCUCAGUUUAUCACGGAUGUGACCAAAUUCAUAAGUGGUUGUAUGGCUUCUCUCUCUGCGAUGGUUCAACUUGAAUUGCCUCAUGUCAACAUUCUGUCCAAAAUGGACCUAAUCACAAAUAAAAAAGGCAUUGAAGAGUACUUGAAUCCAGAUCCUCAAUUUCUUUUGGCAGAGUUGAAUAAGCGCAUGGCUCCACAAUUUCAAAAGCUCAACAAAUCCUUGAUUGAAUUGGUGGAUCAGUAUAGCAUGGUUGACUUUCUGCCUCUUGAUUUGAGGAAAGAGAGCAGUAUACAAUAUGUACUAUCCCAGAUUGACUGCUGCAUUCAGUAUGCUGAGGAUGCAGACGUGAAGGUCAAAGACUUCGACCCCGAGGAUGCGGGGGAUGAUGAUUAAACCUUCAAUUCUUUUUUGUUUUGUUUCAGAGAAACUCAAAAUGGCUUUUGAACCCAUCAUUAAGGUACCCUCAUGGCCUCAAGUGACUGACAGGACUGGAGUCGUAUCCUCAUCCACCCCUACUGUUGUUAUUUCUCAGACUUGUGGCUUAUUACUCCCCGCACUGAUGUGGAAGUGCUCUCAUGUUUGUUCUCUCAUGUUGCGUGACACAUUUUGUAAAAUGGAUUGCCAUUGAGAGCAUGUAGUUUUACUUGAGGCCAAAUUAAUACUUAAAUCUCUACCUUUAUCCAUUUUCCAAAAAAAUACUAUUGUGAAUGUCAAGAACAAUAACAUACUCUCAAUUGCUUCAAAACCAUGAACUGCUGCUUAGGGGUAUUCAUGUUCUCUAUGUUCUGUUUUUGUAAAACUACUAUUAGACUGAGAAUUGAGGUAACUUAUGUAUAUUUUUCUAAAAGUAGUGUUGUUGAUGUCCGAAUUUUGAACAUUUUAG